GGGGCACAGAGCUCGAGUUCGCUGGUGGUGCAGGUGGAGAGAGGCAGGUCGAGAUGGAGGAGGAUUGGGGCAAGGCCCCGCGGCAAGAGCCGGUUCCCUCUGAUAUCUUGCUUGCUCGUGAGACUCUGCUCACAGUGAUAGCAAGGGCAGCAGCUAGAGCAGAUGACCGGCAAGAGCGCCAGAGGCAGCAGGAGGCAGAGAGAAAACAACAAGAAGAAGAAGCUGAGCAGAUACGGAGGAAAAAGUCCGAGCACCUGGCCAGGGAGAAAGCCCUUGCAUUGGCUGACGAUGUUCAGCGUCAAACUGCUCGCUCCACGGAGCAGAAAGAUGCGCUGACCAAAGCUGAGGAGCUGACACAACAGGUCUCCACGCGGCAGGCAGAGCAUUCAGCGGCCGUGGAGAGGGGUGACUCCUUGGAGGCAGAGGGCAAGGAAGAUGCGGAGAAUUUCUCCUCAGAGCUGGAGCAGCUACGCGCAGAGCUUGCGGCCGAGCAAGAGGGUAGGGCGUCGGAUGCUUCCAAAGCAGCUGCAGAUGCCGAGGAGCUCAAUGCUACAAUCAAGCGCCUGCAAGAAAGUGCCAGCACCGCAGCUGAGACGCACACCAGCGAACAGAAGGAUGCGCUGACCAAAAUUGAGGAGUUGACAGAACAGCUCUCCAAGUGGCAGGCAGAGCAUACAGCGGCCGUAGAGAGGGGUGACUCCUUGGAGGCCAAGGAAGAGGUGGAUAACGUCACGUCACAGCGGGAGCAGCUACCCGCGGAGUUUGAAGCCGAGCAGGAGGGUAGGGCGUCGGAUGCUUCCAAAGCAGCUGCAGAUGCCGAGGAGCUCAAUGCUACAAUCAAGCGAUAUAUCAAGCGCCUGCUAGAAAGUGCGAGCAGCGCAGCUGAGACGCACUCCAGCGUACAGAAGGAUGCGCAGACCAAAAUUAAGGAGCUGACAGAACAGGUCUCCAAAUGGCAGGCAGAGCAUUCCGCAGCCGUAGAGAGGGGUGACUCCUUGGAGGCUAAGGGCAAGGAGGAUGCGGAGAAUUUCUCCUCAGAGCUGGAGCAGCUACGUGCAGAGUUUGCAGCCGAGCAAGAGGGAAGGGCAUCGGAUGCUUCCAAGGCAGCUGCAGUAGCCGAGGAAUUGAAUGCCACCAUCCAUCGUUUGCAGACCGAUCUCUCUGACGGAGACAUCGCCAGAGAAACCUUGCUCAAGGAGGCCACGGACAAAGCAAACAACUUGUCCGAGCAGCUGGAU